AUGAAACGGACGUUCGCUCGCUGGACUGCCCUGACCGGCAUUCACCUCUAUCUUCACAAUGGUCUGGCUUCGGCCUCGGCCAUGGCCGCCAGCCCGUGCAGGAGGGUGGCCGUGGUCGAGCACCUCCCCAUGUUGGUCGUCUGCCGUAACACGACGACGACGACGACGAUGGUUCGGACCUACACGACGUGCUUCCCCACGGCCGAGCCGACGAUGAAGACGAAGACGAAGAAGAAGACGACGACGACAUACGAAGCGUCCUCUUCGCCGUCGACGCAAGAGGCGCCCUCGUCGACGUCGACGCACGAAGCACCCUCGUCGACGCCGACGGCCGACUGCACCAACGAGGUGGGCGACUUUGAAUUCCUCAACUGCGUCACCUCGCCCAACGGAUUUCCGGGAUUCGCCAACGUCGGACCCGCGCCCGGCGAUGACCUCGACGCCUGCUCCGCCCUGUGUCAUCUCCAGUACAUGACCGUCUAUGCAAACAUGUGCUACUGCGCCGCCGCCCUCGACCCUUCCAUCACCGUCAUCCCCAAGGAAUUGUGCUGCAGCCUGGGGUCGUCGGCCCUCAAGGUCAAGCGUCAGGACAUUCCUGCUGGCGUUGUCGUCCAGAUUUACAGUCGCUUCCAACCCUUUGUGUCGUCUGGUUCCUCGUCGGUCGCCGCUCCCACAUCGGCCACGUCUGAAGUCUCGUCCGAGUCGGAGACGACGCCUGCCACUACUGUCACUCUCCCGGACACGUCUUCGGCGCCCUCUUCGGAGCCCUCUUCGGAGGCGACCUCGUCUGCGGAGCCGACGUCCACUCCCGAGCCUACUUCUUCCGUCGAGCCCACGUCGUCGACGUCGUCUGCGUCGUCCACCGAGCCCACGUCAUCUGCCGAGCCCACGUCGUCUGCCGAGCCCACCUCCUCGGCCGUGCCUACGUCCUCGGUCGAGCCAACCAGUUCCACGUCGGAGUCGACUUCGAUACCCGAGUCAACCUCGACGAGUGUGCCGACGAGCUCUACCUCGGAGUCGACCUCGACGCUCGAGUCAACUUCCACGACGGACCAAGGUUCCGAAUCUAUCAUCUACACGACGAUAACACUUGGGCCUACUUCCAGUUCAGCCCCGUUGGAGUCGACGUCCACCACUACUCUGUCCACUUCCACCCCUGGUUCGUCCUCUACUACUCCCACCUCCGCCACUCCGUCCACAUCUAUCCCGAUCUCGUCCUCCACCACUCCAUCAUCCUCCCCCCCCCCUACUUCGUCCUCCACUACGCCAUCCACGUCCACCUCGUCUACUUCCACCUCUACCGAGACAUCCCCCACUCCUUCGUCAUCCACCCCCCCGCCCGCGAUGGAUUCCUUAUUGACCUUGGUCACCACCAUUACAUUAGGACCUUCAGAUGUCUCAACCUCUCAGACGCCCUCGGUUUCUACCUCGGCGCCGCCAUCAUCAUCCUCCACAUCAUCGUCUACUUCCGCAUCUACCUCUACGUCCACUUCCACAUCCACCACGCCCACGUCCGAGUCCACGUCCACGUCCACAUCCACAUCCACUUCCACUUCCACACCUUCGUCCGCUUCCACUUCCACAUCCACCACCACCCUGUCCACGUCCACUUCCACGUCCACACCCGCAUCCACAUCCACGUCCACAUCCACGUCCACGUCCACUCCUGCUGGGGUUUCCACUCCCUCUACGGCAUCCACUUCCACUUCCACUUCAACUUCGACCUCGACGACUGCAGCGGCAUCCACAUCCGCAACUACACCCACAUCCACGCCCACACCCACCACACCCACAUCCACAUCCACACCCACCACUUCCACUUCCACAUCCACUUCCACAUCCACUUCCACCACUCCCACUUCCACCACUCCCACAUCCACAUCAACGUCUACUUCGACAUCUACAUCGUCAACUUCCUCGUCUACGCCGCCAAUUUUGAUUUCCACCAUCACGACGACCGUAUUCCCCACCAGUGUGAUCACUCCCACGUCGACGUCGACUUCGACGACGACUUCGACGACGACGACAAGUAGUGCGAGUCCGACGUCGACGCUGGAUCUGAAUGAUUAUCCGGGAGUCAUGCUCCGUCAGCACAACAUCCACCGACGCAACCACUCGGUGUCGGACUUUGUUUGGAACAACGACCUGGCCGAUUACGCCAAGACGCUUGCCCUAACCUGCGUCUUUGCGCACGAUGGGACCAUCGGCUCUGCCGAUUACGGCCAGAACCUCGCGGCGUUGAAUGGCGUCGACGAUCCCGUGACGGCCGGCGCUCGCAUGGUGACGAACGUGUGGUACAAUUCCGAGCUUCCGUACUACGUGUGGUACGGCGGGAACCCCCCGCUCGACUCCAACCCAGACCUCUGGGACCACUUCACCCAGAUGGUGUGGAAGGACAGCUCCGAGGUCGGGUGCUCGACGGUCGCGUGCCCGGCUGGAACCAUCUUUCAAAACACCGACUGCUGGUACUCGGUGUGCAACUACAGGCCGCCCGGCAACUACCUGGGAGAGUUUGACGAGAACGUCUUCCCUCCCCUCGGGCAUCCGACUGUCCACAUUGGCGAUUAA